CGGAAGGAAGCAGGAGCAGAGCCUCAAUCAUGAGCUCCAGGCAGCCAGGGACCUGCCCAUGCCAGAGUGCAGCAGGCCGCCCAACCAUUCUGUAUGCACUUCUGAGCCCCAGCGACAGGGACCGGCCGUCUGUGCCCCCAGCCCGCAGCCACUGCCUGUGCAGGCAGCACCGGCCUGUCCGGCUCUGUACCCCCCAUCGCACCUGCCAGGAGGCUUUGAAUGUUCUGGCCAAGACGCUGGCCUUCCUCAGGAACUUGCCGUCCUUCUGCCAGCUGCCUCCCCAGGAUCAGCGGCAGCUGCUGCGGGGCUGCUGGGGUCCCCUCUUCCUGCUUGGUUUGGCCCAAGACAUUGUGACCUUUGAGGUGGCUGAGGUCCCAGUUCCCAGUAUACUCAAGAAGAUCCUGCUGGAGGAGCCCAGCAGCGGCGCAGGUAGUGGCCAGCCGCUGGAUCGGCCCCAGCCCUCGCUGGCUGCCGUGCAGUGGCUUCAGUGCUGCCUGGAGUCCUUAUGGAGUCUGGAGCUGGGCCCCAAGGAAUAUGCCUACCUGAAAGGGACCGUUCUCUUCAACCCUGAUGUUCCAGGCCUCUAUGCCUCCUCCCACAUCGGGCACCUGCAGCACGAGGCCCACCAGGCACUGUGGGAGGUCUUGGAGCCCUGGUGCCCAGCAGGCCAAAGCCGCUUGGCUCGUGUUCUCCUCGCAGCCUCCACCCUCAAGUCCAUUCCGCCCACCCUGCUUGGGGACCUCUUCUUUCGCCCUGUCAUUGGAGAUGUUGACAUCGUUGGCCUCCUCGAGGACAUGCUUUUGCUGAGCUGACCUGCUCCAGCCCAGGCAGAGAUCAGGUGGAGGCUGGCAGCACUGAUUUGACCUGGCUGUCCCCAGGGGUGAGCCGGUGCUCCCAGAGGGGGCAAGCCUGGACAGCGAGCUCUCGGCUCCCCAGUAGCAGCUAGUCCUGGCCCAGCCAAUUGGGCUACACCCUAUCUUGGCCUUCCUUGUUUUGGGCACCGUGCUCCAGCUGUCUGGCCAGCCCUUGGUGGUCCCAGGACCUUUGGGCCAAGACUCCUGUCUCCUCCUGGGAUGGGGUUGGAAAGUCUGACUGCUCACUGGGUCAGGAGUCCUCCUGACUUUGUACAGAACUGACUUAAGUUAUUGGUUUUUGUAAUAAAA